AUGUCGCUGGCGCUCGCGCUGCUCGCCGUCGCGACGGCCUUCGCGCCGGCGCAGCGCAGCGCCCCGCGCUGCAACGCGCUCCGCGCCGACGUCAUCGACGUCAGCGAGACCGCCGUCGUCGAGGAGGCGCCGACGGCCGCCGCGUGGCGCGCGGCCUGCGACGCCUCGGGCGUCACGUCCUACGCCGACUUUGGCGUCAAGCUGGGCGACGCCGCGCCGGCGCCCGCGGCGCCCGCCGCGGCCGCCGCGGCCGCGGCCGCGGCCGCCGCGCCGCUGGCGCCCGACGCGCCCGUGCCCUGCGUCGUCGAGAAGGUCGACCUCGUCGUCGACUCGACCAUCGACGCGGCGCAGCGCCAGUACGUCGUCAAGGGCGAGUACGUCGCGCCGGGCGCGGCGGUCAUGUACGCGUUCGACGAGAUUAGGGCCCAGGCCAAGGACAACCUCGCGGAGCCCGGCUUCCGGCCCGGCGACAUCCCGCCCUGGAUCAAGACGCAGAUGGUCGAGUUCUCGUUGACGACGGUCAUGGAGGACCUCGUCAAGUUCACGCUCGAGGCCAACGGCAUGGAGGUCGUCUCCGGCUCCGACAACGAGAUCAUCAAGUGGGACGAGGACCCGGCGACGGAGGCCAAGACCUACGUCCGAAGCGCCGGCGGCUAUCGAUCUUACAUCGGCGGCCUGCGAGCGCGCGUCGCCGCCAUGCGGCAGCUCUACGCCACGGGCCGCGCCCUGCCCGCGGUCUUCGGCGAGGGUCCCGACCCCAGCCAGCUCGCUUUCCUCCGGGCCCAGGGCGUCGACGCGGCCGUCCUCAAGGCUCUCAAGCACCUGGAGGCGACGCUGCGCGUCUCGGGCGUCGUCCAGCGCCUCUUCUCGCAGCCGGGCGACGUCUUCCAGGCGAUCGUCGAACACCUCUACGACCUUGUGGCCGCCGAUCCGGAGGACAUCGCCGAGCUCUGCGAAGGCGUCAAGGCGCUCCCCGCGGCCAAGUUCCAGCGCGCCGUGGCGCUGCUGCGCGGCGACGCGGUCGUGACGCCGGUCGCGUCCGCGCCGGCGGCGGCGCCCGCGCCCGCGCCCGCGGACGGCGCCGCCGCUUCCGCCGCUUCCGCCGCUUCCGCGGCGGCGGCGCCCGCGACCGCGACGCCCGCGGCGGUGACGCCCGUCGCGCCCGCGCCCAGCGCGCCCGCGCUCGCGCUCGAGGCCGCGCCGCUCGACUCGCUCCAGCGCCUCCCGCCGUCGCCGGUCGCGCCGCCGCCGCCGACGCCCGCGCCCGCGACGCCCUCGAAGCGCGGCAAGUGCAAGCCCGUCGAGGUGCGCGCCGUCGGCGGCGCCUGGCGCCUCUUCGACUCGCGCCACGACGCCGCGGCCGCGUUCCCGGGCCUCGACGCGCCGGCGGUCUACAACCUGAUCCACGGCAACGCGACGCGCGCCGCGGGCGCGUUCGAGGCGCGCUACCCCGGCGAGGCCGCGCGCCCGCCCAAGCAGGCCAAGCAGGCCCACGGCAACAGCCGCAACUGCAAGCCCGUCGAGGUGCGCGCCGUCGGCGGCGCCUGGCGCCGCUUCGCGUCGCGGUCGGAGGCCGCGGCCGCCUUCGAGGGCCUCGACGCGAUGGCGAUCGGCUCCCUCGUCCAGGGCAAGCCGACGCACGUCGCGGGACAGUUCGAGGCGCGCAACCCGGGCGAGGCCGCGCGCCCGUCCAAGCAGCCGGCGGUGUCGCUCAAAAGCCGGGAGCUUCUCUUCUGCCGCAAGGGCUGCGGCCGCUCGUUCGACUGGCCGGCGGGCCGCGGCAACCACGAGAAAGCGUGCAAGCCCGCGGACCCGGCCGGCGGCGUGGCCAUGCUCGCGCGCGCCGCGGCGCUGCCGCCCACACGCGGGCCGUCCGCCCGCGAGAAGAAGCGGCCCGUGCCGCGGGACGACGUCGGCGCGCCGGCGAAGCGGCCCAAGGCGCCGCCGCCGGCGACGCGGGCGCCGGCGGCCGUCGCGCCGCCGAAGCAGGCGCCGACGAAGAGCAGGGAGAAGGUCCUCGCCUGGGCCGUCGGCGACGAGUGCAUGGCGCGCUACCACGAGACCGAGGACAAGGUGAGCCGCUACCUCUUCCCGGGCCGCGUCGCCGCCGUCGACGUCGGCGGCGAGGUCGGCGUCUACGCCGUGGCCUUCGACGACGGCGACCACGACGGCCGCGUCCUCGAGAAGCACCUCGGCCCGCGCCUCGGCCGGCCGCCGCCGCCGCCGCGCGUCUUCGAGGCGCCGCCGCCGCCGCCGCCGCCGCCGCCGCGCGCCGUCGAGCGGCCGCGCGCCGUCGAGGCCGCGCCCGUCGCCGAGGCCGAGGCCGCGGCGCCGUCGUCGCCGCGCCCGUGCUGCCCCCGGAUCUCGAACACGAGCCUCAAGCCCCUGCUCGUGGAGCACGGCUGCGUCUGGCGCCAGGGCAAGCGCCAUUUCGCGCGUUUGGCCGUCGGCGGCAAACUCCUGUCGCUGCCCUUCGCGAGCGCGGGCAAGGCGGGCGAGGCGCUCGCGGCCGCGCGGAGCUUCUGCGUCUGCGGCCGCGGCGCCGAGGCCGGCGGCGCGGAUGUGGUCGCCUGCGCCGCGGGCCCGGACGGCCGCUGCGGCGGGUCGUGCCACCGGGCGUGCACGGGCUUGAUCGGCCCCGCGCCGCCGGGCUGGCGCUGCCCGCUCGACGCCGGCGGCGACGCCGCGCGCCUGAGCGUCUUUCCCGACGAGGACGCGCUCUUUUACGGCGCGCGGCGCGCGGAGCGCGGCGGCGGCGGCCGGCCCCGGUCGGCGGCGGGCGCGCGCGAGGCGCGCGACGUGUCGCUCCGCGCGCGCAACGACGCCGCCGUCGCCGCGCUCCCCGCCGCGGAGCGCGACCGCUUCGGCGCCCUCUUCGUCAACGGGAACAACUGGCCCUGCGUCGUCAUGGACCCGCGGAUCCCGUUGGCCACGGCGGCCGUCGCGGCCUUCGCGGACAAGGGCCCGCCGACCUACGACCUCGUGCUCUACGUCGGCGAGCGGGCGCACUGGGCCUUCGGCAGCGAGCGCCGCGACCGCCUCCGGCCCUUCGCGCCGGGCCUCCCGCCGAAGAAGCUCGGCGCGUCGCGCUCCGGCGACUUCCGCGCGGCGUCCGCGGCCGCGGCGGGCCUCGUCGGCCUGACCAACGCCGCGCGCCUCGACGCGGCCCUCGCCGCCGACGGCAUCCCGCGCAUCGACGACACCACGGACGAGGAGGACGACGGCCCCGACGACGUCCCGCGCGUCGACGACGCCGUCCCCGAGGCGCCGCGCGAGCCGGAGGCGUCGGGCGGCGACCCGGACGCCGCGCUCCCCGCCGCGCCGCGAGCCGCGCUCGCCGCGCCGCGCACCUUCGCCUUCCUCUCCGCGCCGCGCCGCGAGGGCAUCGUCGAGGGCGCCGUGACGCGGGCCGCGAUCGACGACGACGACGACUUCGAAGCGGGCGCGGCCGAGGCGCCGGUGCUCACGCCGACGCCGCACCUCGGCCCCAAGAGCGACGACGAGAACUCGUCGCUCGCCUCGGACGACGACUACGGCAUCGAGUCCGGCGACGACGACGACGAGGUCCUCGCGCUCGUCGCCGCGCUGCCGCAAGCCGAGCGCGACCGCUUCGGCGCGCUCGUCUACGUCAAGUCCCAGCGCUGGCCCGCCCUCGUCGUGGACCCGGCGCCGCCCGACGGCCGCCGGAGCGCGCUCAUCCUCGACCUCGUGCGCGCCAACCCGCCGCCGGGCCACGAUCUGGUGCGCUACCUCCGCGAAGCCGAGGCCACGGGCUACGACGUCGUCCCGCGCGACGGCAGCGCGCCCUGGCCCCCGGACGCGGCGGCGUCGGCGCGGCUCGACGCGUCCUGGAGCAAGAACAAGAUCUACAAGCGCUUCCUCGCCGCGCGGAGCCGCGCGGACGCGUUGGCGGCUUUGCCGUCGAACGGCGAGCGCGUCGACGCGCUCCGCGCGCUCGGCGGCUUCGGCGCCGUCGUCGCGCGCGAGAGCGCGCCCGUCGCCCUCGCCGUCAAGGGCGCCGCCGCCCACGCGCCCCUCGUCGGCCGCGUCCUCCUGCGGCCCGACGACGACGACGACGACGACGACGACGACAAGCCGCCGGCGCUGCUCCGCGUCGUCGACUUCGUCCAGGGCGCCGUCGUCUGCGCGCCCCUCGUCGGCGGCGGCGCGCGCGUCGAGCUCGACGUCGCGACGGCGCGCGGCGCCGCGCGAACCCACGCGGAGGCCGAGGAGGCCGCCGUGGGCCAGCGCUUCGGGGCGAAGCUCUACUUCCGGUCGCAGACGCCGCGCUGCAACACCUGCCGCUUCUGCCUCGACAUGUCGUGCAACGGCGGGCCCAACACGCUGCGCCAGUCGUGCGUCGUCCACCAGCGCGAGAAGGCGCAGCACUUCCUGAGCCUCGGCAUCCAGGCGGGCACAUAUGGCGUGAAGAGCAAGCCCCUCGCGAAGAAGCGCGCGCGCGACGAAACCGGCGGCGCGCCCGCGGACGCGCCGCCGCAGCUCUGCCCCAUCUGCUUCGACGAGGCGCCGGCGGACUCGGCCCUCGACUGCCAGCACCGCAUCCACCCGGCGUGCCUCGCGCGGCUCGCCGCGGUCUCGGGCCACGGCCAGACGCGCCUCUCGGCGACGGUCCGCUGCCCGCUCUGCCGCGCCAAGUCCCGCGCGCCGACGUCGUCGUAA